AAAACAUAUCUCCGUUCUGCACAUACCCACCUCACGAUGAGCUUCACCUCAAACGAUAACCUCGUCCUCGUCGCGCCACGCCCAGUGCGUCUGGCCUCCGGCGCCGCUCCUUUCCCUUUCCACUCUCCGGUCGCCCACCGUCCCCGCUCGCGCGCCGCCAUCCUGUCCGCCGCGACGGACGCUUUCGAUCGCCUCAUGCUCGCCGAAGACUCUGGAGAUCAGCACGAGCACAGAGCGCCAGAGCUUUCCGAGAAAGACAGGCUAUCUCCUCGCACAUCUCCUCGGUCCAUGCCGUCCGAAGCCCUAGAAGAGUUUCUCUCUAUCCUGCAGCACCCUUCUGCUCUGCGAUUCCAACCUACCUCCCCGGUCAUGAGGCCUACCACCGCCUCUCACUUCUUCACGUACCGUCGCCAGACGCCUUGCAGCUUGAGCCCUUCCUUGCCUUCCGAUGGGCUUGGGUUGACCAUUGCCGGUCAUGCUGAUGACAAAGCCAGCGAGGCUGGACCCUACACUUUCAGGGUCCUGGGCGGCGCUCUAGGGUCCCCCAUUUCUCGGAUGCAGACACGUAACCCGUUCCCGCGGCACCAGGCCUACGAGAACGGCGUAGUUGGGCUCCUCCGCCCUCCGUCAGUGCUGUCUCCGUCGCCGAGCUCGAUGCUCCCGCCUGCAGCCAUUCCCUUGCCGUCGCCGACGCCGGACGAGAUGGAAUCAGAGAUCGUCUCUUAGAUGUGCAGUGGCAUCUUCGACGUCUCCUUCCGCGACAUAAAUAGCGCCGCUAGUCCUGAUUACUAUCGUUGCUCGUCUUACCCCCCUCGCAGCUUCGGUAGAUGAUAUCCCAUCCCUCUCGCAUCUCACCCCUAUUAUAUUAUCUAUUGACCUAUUUUACGACAUAGCACAUGCGAGGUCACGAUAUCCUGUACCGACCUCGCUUCAUGUAUCCUCGACUUGGACCCUCGACUUUGUUUUGUGUAUAGCGGCUCUUCCAUAGCUGUUCAUAGCAGUACCUGAUUUGUAAAGGAACUUAGGAAUAUGUACCCCACCUGUAAUGAAAAC